GCGGCAGUUACAAUUCCGAUACCGGGCCGGACACCGCGCCGUCCAGUGACUCGCCGACGAUUUUCAGCAAUAACACUAUUAUACCACAAUAACGUAUUAUUUUAUUACGCCCUCGUCGUAAAUAUACAGAAAAAAAAAUAUAUCGUUUUUUAUUUAUUUCCGCGCCUACAUCUUAAAAUAAUACAAUCAUUAUAAUCAGUGUGUAGUGUUUCGUUAUCAAUAUUAUAUCGUUGUGUUUUUUAUUUUAUUAUAUGUAAAAUUAUUAAUUUAAUUUUUAAUCAAUUUAUUACCGUUAUUGUAUAUCACAAUAGCAUUAUGAUGAUAAAUUGUAAUACCGUUGUAUGCGAAUGACGGCCAAUAACAUAAUGGCCAGUUCGAAACCUAACAAUACUAAACGUUUCGCCGUUACCACAGUUUCGUUGAAAUUUUCAAGUUUCUGAUAUAUCCGUGGAUCCGAUCGAGGUGAUUCUGCCGUCCAACAGAUACCGAGAUGGCAUUAUUAGUGGAAUCACGGUCGUUUCGGCCGUUCAAGUCCAGUGAAGAAUAUCUUUACGCUAUGAAAGAGGAUUUAGCUGAAUGGCUGAAUGGUUUAUAUCCUGAGCUCUACAUAAACGUUAAUAAUUUCAUGGAUAGACUUGAUACUGGUGUGGCUUUGUGCAAGCAUUCAAACUGUGUAAGAAACUAUGCAGAGGAACAUGUGAAUCGAAGACAAGCGGCUGGGAAAUCUAAUAUUAGCGGCAUUGCAAGCAUAGUUCUUCAAUUACCACCCGUACGAUAUUUACCCGGCGCUAAAGGUGGUACAUUUUUUGCUAGAGACAAUGUUUCCAAUUUCAUCAAUUGGUGUAGAAAUGGACUUGGUGUGUUUGAGUGUCUGUUGUUUGAAACCGAUGAUCUCAUAAUGCGAAAAAAUGAAAAACACGUGAUCUUAUGUUUAUUAGAGGUCGCUAGACGUGGUGCUAGAGUUGGUGUGCCAGCUCCAAUGUUAGUACAAAUGGAAAGACAGAUUGAUCGGGAAAUCGCAGCAGAUAAAAAGUAUGCUCAAUUUUCACAAGGAACUGAUUUUAAUGAUGGCGAUGAUACUGACUUGAGUGACAGCGAAGACCUAACCGAAUAUGCGCCAUUGCCUCAAAUUGUUACCAACGAUUUAAAAAGCUUAGAUGAAAUGGUACGGGAUCUUGUAGAGAGGUGCAAGUGUCCGACCCAGUUCCCGAUGAUUAGAGUGUCUGAAGGCAAAUACCGUAUCGGCGAUACUAAAGUCUUGAUAUUUGUCAGGAUACUGAGGAAUCACGUUAUGGUCAGAGUGGGCGGAGGUUGGGACACACUGUCUCAUUACUUGGACAAACACGACCCGUGCCGAUGCAAAACUGCUCAUCGAGCGCCGGUAUCUGCGAAACUGACGGGUGUCAGGAGCGGCGGGCCCACGUUGGAAAUAUCGCACGCCCAAGUACACUACGAAAGAUCACCGCCGAGAACACGACGCUCGUCCACGUCCAGCACUGGCAGUAGCGGUAACGGUGGUUAUUCCGGUGGCCUGAGCCUGAUGUCCGGCGGCCUGGCCACUGCCAAGCGGGCGAGCCGCCGCCGUAGUCGAUCGCCGUCGCCGCGGCCGACUGCCAAACUUAGCGCGCCCGUGGACGCGGGCCGCCGGAGCAGGAGCCCCACUCCCCGGCGGGGCGUCGACCACUUGGCCGUGGCCAACGCGGCCGGACGGUCCAGGUCAGUGACGCCCAGCGGGAGACGUGCGCGACGGUCGGCGUCGCCUUCGUCCGGAGCGGUUAACGGUGGCGGCGACCGUCUGCUGCACGUGCCCGACGGACAGCGACAGCCCAGCGACCGCAGCCGUUCGCCGUCGGCCGCGCGCCAGCGGAGCGGAGUGGAUGACACGCCGACGCCGAAGAUUUCGUUGAACUUCACGUCGGAACUGGCCGCCGAGUUGGGAGACCGUCUGAUGCGCUCGUCUAGAGAGUCGUCCGUGGACAUACAGCCCGAGACCGGAAAAACCGACUGUGACCGGAACAACGGCGACGAUGGCGACGACGACGAUGACGACGAUGACGACGUGACCGUGGACACGUCGUCCACGUGUCGGGUGUCGGAUAACUUCCUGGGCACCGGACAGUAUCACGUUCUCAACCCCACGCCCGUGACGGCCAUCGGCGAGAGGCGGCCCUCGACCGUCAGAGAGGAAGAGUCCGUCGUGGACACGACGCCGUUCAGCCGCGUGUCGGACAGCUUGAGGGUGGCCGCGUACGAUUGUACGCCUGCGCCGGCGGGCCGGAAAAAGUCGUGUACAGCUCGCGGGGACGCCGCUAAGAAGUCGGAACCGGUGGGCACGGAUAGCGGUUCGGAAGUAUCGGACGAGGGCUACAGGAGUCUAGGAGUGGUGGCUUCACCGCCGUUCAACUCUAACGUGAAAAACGUGCAAAAAUCUAAUGGCACGCCACCGGUAACGCGGGUGACGCGGCCGCCGCGUAGCCGUUCGGCUGGCGGCAAGGAGACGCCCAGCCCGCAACAGUCGCCGUUCCGCCGGAACCGGUCCACCACCCAGUCGUCCAGACAGCAGCCGCAUCCUUCACCCGCGGUCGGCCGGUCGCAGACGCCGACGCCGAGCCGCAGGUCGCCCGCACCGUACGCGGACGGCGCUGCAGCAGGACAACACCAUCAGCCGCCUUUUUCGUCGUCGUCGUCGCCGGCCACACCGUUGCUGGGCCGGAACAACACGUGGAACGCGGCCGGCGGCCGGCACUGGUCGUCCAAACAGCGACCGCAACUGUCGGCCGACACGUUUUGCCAACAGGUGGCCGACAUCAUCAACCGGUACGCGGUGAUGGCGCCAAGUCCGCGGAAAGACUCGAAACCCGAUUCGCCGAUCGUCACUCGGAUACCGGCGCCCGUUCAAAGGACUUGAUCGUCGUUAAUCACCGUCACCGUCGUCGUCGUCGUCGUCGUCGAUCUUGAGGGGUCCACGAGGUCGAUUCGUCACGGGAGGCGCGUCAUAGCGGUGUAGGGGAUACCUCUUGUUUAAAAAUAAAUAAUAAAAUAUAAUAAUUGGCAUAGAGUUUUGGUUUUUGCUCCCCCCCCCCCCCGAUUUGGGCGACUACCGACGAAAAACAUAUUUAAUGUUUUCGUACUCGUAUCGUUGUGUCGUCAGCUGCAAUAUACUGCGGAUACGUAAUAGUCAUACUAUAUAAGUCCAUUUAUUUGGAACGACGGCACAACGAUACGACGACGACGUGUGAUAUUUAUAUAUUUAUGUAUUUUAAAACGUUUAAACUGUUAUCGCGAUACGCUCGUCUUACGCGUACCUAUUUGUUUAAUUUUUUUUUUCGCAAUAGGAUCAUAUUAUAUAUUAUUAUUGUCGCGUGCGUAUAAUAUUAUUAUAUAUUUAUUAUGACGUUAUGAUGUUAGGUGCGUAAAUUAAAUAUUAUAAUUUCGUUGUUAUGUGUUUGUCGACAAUGGCAGACGGGGAAGACAAUAUUAUGCUUUUCUCGCGCGAACGAAUGGUGCUAAAAACCGACCUUAAUUAGUGUUACGAAUAUAAUAUUAUAAACUGUCGUACAUGACUACGUCAUGUACGAUAAUAUCGCAAUAAUAGUAUUACCACGGGUUAGCGCAGUGGCAAACUCAUGAUUUUUUUAAAUUUUUUUUUUCAAACGGGUGGCAACAGUAAAAACAUUGUGCUUCCCCUAAUGAAAUGAUUCUAAUCUUCUUAAAAAAAAAAAAAAUGUUCAAGGGCGAGUUUAUUAAACACGACCACUUAAUCUCCCUUCCUCUUUCGUGCGCCACUGUGUUAGCGUGUAUAUUAGUUAUUAUUAUUAUUAUUAUUAUCAUUGUAAAAUAUAUGUGUAGGGUAUCUUGUGUAUAUGCUUAUAUAUAUAUAAAUAUAUAUAGAUAUUACCGCUGACUGUACGAUUUUUUUGCUAGAACACGAUCUUCAUAUUGAUAUAUACAUGAAUGUAUUAUAAAAAGUAUAUACAUAGAUAUGGGGUAAAUUUACAAUGAUAAAUAUUAUGUUUUUAUAUUAUAUAGAUCGGUAAUUUUUUGUAAUAUCUAUACGCGUAGGUGUAUAAGGAUGAUGUGAUGUGCGCUAUUACUGUUAUACACAGCUGUGUGAAAUCGUGAAAUUGUGUACUUACAAUAAUCAUAUUACUAUAUCCUGCCGUAUUGACACACAUCAUAUAUUAUUAUGUAAUAUUAUAUCAUAUAGAAAAUUUUAUAUAUACUAGACACAAUGCAUUAUAUUCUAAAUUAGUUAAAUAAAUACUAACAAAAUUGUUGAGGAA